AUGCAACGUCAAGGAUGCCAACCGACCCGAAACCUCAACGAAGAAGAAGAGGAAGCAGAAGAAAAGUUUCGGGAGAGCAGGAGGGAGGGGACUCCGGAGGGAAGGUGUAGUGAUCCAGCAGCGAGCAUGACCGACGCCGAGGCCCAGAGCUCUCCACCAUCGGCCCCUGUGGAAGAAAAGCCACAGCCGGAGAGGAAAGUCAUAGCCACCUUGGUGCAAGGUACAGUGAAGUGGUUCAAUGUGCGUAACGGAUAUGGCUUCAUAAACAGGAAUGAUACCAAAGAAGACGUGUUUGUUCAUCAGACGGCCAUCAAGAAGAACAAUCCUAGGAAAUUCCUCCGCAGUGUUGGUGACGGGGAGGUUGUAGAGUUUGAUGUGAUCGAAGCCGCCAAGGGCUCGGAAGCAGCCAAUGUAACCGGUCCAGGUGGUGUUCCAGUCAAAGGCAGCCGCUACGCUCCCAACAAGCGACGCUUCCGUCGGCGAAUUUUCCCCCGCAGCCCAAGGCCGGGUGAUGAGGCCAAACCAGCUGAUGGCCAAUCCUCCGCCGCUGAGGGAGAGGAGGGAUCAGGAGAGAACGAUGCAGUGAGGCCUCCGCAACGCCGUCGGAGACCCCGAAGACCGCGGCAGGAGGCCCAAGAUGGUGAGGCUGGCGAGCAAAAGAACGGAGUGGCAGAGGGCGACCAAGCACAGCGGCAGCCACAGCGCAGGUUCUGGCGCCCGUACCGCAGACCAUUGCGUCCUCGCCCGACUCCAGAUCAGGCUGCGGACGACCAGCAGGCCGCUCCAGAAGAGAUCCAGGAGCAAGGUGAGGGGAAGCAGACGGAGGCCUCUGAGGGCCCCCAGACCAACGGAGAAGCAGCAGAGGGCCAGAAACAACAGCGCCAGUUUAGACGGCGCAGGCAAAGGAACUCCGAGUCCUCUACCUCGAAAAACGAUACAGAAAAGUCUGCAUCAGAGCCCGGUACGCCCCCUCAGACCUCCAAACCAGCUGACCUUAAAUCAACAUCAAAAUCACCAAAGGGCUCUGUCAAAACCCCAAAAUCACCUGAGCAGGCAGCUGACACAACAGUUCCAGCACCAACAGAGUGACACUAGUGAGAGGACAGUCUCGUGACCCUUGGUCCUAGGGUUGGCGGUCUGGACCAAUUUCAGAACCCAUGCACUGCUCUCCCCUCCCUGCACUUCCCCCCCAUCCUCCAACCCACCCCGUCUCGCUGUCAUCUCUCAGGCCUCCCCCCUCUCAUCUUGUCCUGUCUAGACACGGAGAGGGGUGAGGUAGGGAAGAAAGGGGAUACAGGUGGGUGGUGGGUGCGUAUUUAGAAAUUGAAAGGACAUCUUUAAAAAAGAUAAAUGGGAAAGAAUGAACAAUCUGCUUGGUAGCCCAGUUAUUCCAACCCCCCUUUAAAAACAAUUUUUCUUUAAUUGCCUAGAUGGGACACAUCAAGUAGUUUAUAGAGGAACCAGCCUUGAUUUUUAUUUAACUUUUUAAAAUUUGGUUGAAGAGGGGAAAACCAAGCAGGUGUGCAGUUGGUGGUGCAUUAUGGGAGUCAGUUUAGUCGUGUUACCACCUCAAUCGAUCCUUGGAACAUGCUACUCCCUUCAUCUCCUCAGUUGAGGAAAGUUUGAUGAAAAGAAACUUUAUUUUUUGUGUUUUACUUAUUUGUGUGUGCUUUACUUUGGAGGGGAUUAUGUGCAAUUACAGUCGUAAAAAUGUUAAUUAAUAAAUCAUGUUUGCAAAUC